CGGCAGCCAAUGGGAAGGCCCCGGGGUGACAUCAUGGGCUAUUUUUAGUGGGUUACUGCUCUCUGAUAAGUGUUGUGCUCCACGCUGGGAAAGAGCUCAGAGUGGGAUUGAGUGGCGGCGGGAGAAGCGACGGUGGCAGCGCUCCUGUCCGGCAGGAGGAGGAGGCAGAGAAGAAACCCCAGCGGCCACAGCAAGGCCAGUUUCGGCUCCAGACGCCAGCAGGGCCCGGGCGGCUAUUCCUGAGAACCUGACGUCCAGAGAGCGAGCCGGCGCUCCCUUGUUACAAAGUCGGGUCGGGGUCGCUGCUAUCCUCUCACAACCGGAGCGCGAAGGCUGAACUUGUCCGGGCAUCCUUUCCUUUAGAACGCCCGAGUGCCUUGCCUCCUGGACCCCGCUUCAGCUCUUCUCGCCUAGACCCCGAAGUUUCCGAGCGUGGGAAUCUCUUCUUUUUUCCCACCAACUCCCCCGCUCCGCUUCUGUGAACAAGAAGCGGGGCGAUCUACUUGUGACAACUUUUUCUUUGCUUUUCUGGCUGGGACGUGAGGUGACCUGCUUUUUGACAGCCGCUGCGAGAAAGGAGAGGACUUAGACAAGUGGGUUUGAAACUCGGAAACGCUCCAGACCGACCCAGGACACUCCCACGAGGAGCGCGAAGGGGCGGAGGAAGGGGGAAAAAGAACUCAAAAAGUUUCUGGAUUCCAUCCUUGCCCGAAGCGAUAAAGAGGCCCCCGAAGGUGCCGGCAGCAUUAUUCCUUCCUUGGACUGAGGAAGAGAUUCUGAAUUUGAAAAAUAACUUUUAUUUGGGUCUUCCUCCCCUCCCCUCCCAACAGUCACAGUCGGGAAAUGAUGCCCAUGCUGGGUCUUUGAGGUGAAACUUGUUUGUUCGAGUCUGACUUUUUUCUAGCCAAACUGGGGACUCGAAUCAAUGCCUUGUUGCAAAAAAGUAAGACUUUAAUUGAUCACUUUUGAACUGUGUCUUCCUUGUUGAAAGAGUGCUGUUAUAAGAACUGUUCCUAUUUAGUAACUCUGGCAGCUGUGAACUUCUUUAAGUUGUAACAAACCGGCUUCCUUUCCUAGGUCUGUUUUUUGGGCUGUAGGUGAACAAACUUGUGGACUGUAUUCUAUGACUGCAAAGAUGGAACCUACAUUCUACGAUGAUGCCAUCAAUACCACCUUUUUGCAGCCAGAAAGUGGUGCUUAUGGAUAUAAUAAUCCCAAAGUUCUGAAGCAGAACAUGACUCUCAAUCUGGCUGACCCUUCCAGUAACCUCAAGCCCCACUUGAGGAACAAAAAUGCUGAUAUCCUAACCUCUCCAGAUGUUGGUCUCCUCAAGCUGGCUUCUCCUGAACUGGAAAGGCUGAUUAUUCAGUCUGGCAAUGGACUGAUCACUACCACUCCAACACCAACCCAGUUCCUCUGUCCCAAAAAUGUUACCGAUGAGCAAGAAGGUUUCGCUGAAGGCUUUGUCAGGGCACUCGCAGAGCUACACAAUCAAAACACCAUGCCGAGUGUUACCUCCGCUGCUCCGCCUACGAACUCCGGCAUGGCCCCUGUCUCUUCCAUGGCUGGAAACAGUGGCUUCAAUGCUAACAUGCACAGCGAGCCGCCUGUCUAUGCUAAUCUCAGUAACUUCAAUCCUAGCGCACUCAAUACAGUGCCUUCCUACAAUGCAAACAACCUGGGCUUUCCUCCACAGCAUCAUAUGAACCCCCAGAUGCCAGUGCAGCAUCCGCGCCUCCAAGCUCUGAAAGAAGAGCCUCAGACUGUCCCAGAAAUGCCCGGGGAGACUCCUCCCCUGUCCCCUAUUGACAUGGAAUCCCAAGAAAGGAUCAAGGCAGAGAGGAAGCGUAUGAGAAAUCGAAUUGCAGCCUCCAAGUGCCGGAAAAGGAAGUUGGAGCGGAUUGCCAGGUUGGAAGAAAAAGUAAAGACUUUGAAAGCCCAGAACUCAGAACUGGCGUCUACUGCCAACAUGCUGCGAGAGCAGGUUGCACAGCUGAAGCAGAAGGUCAUGAAUCACGUCAAUAGUGGAUGCCAGCUAAUGCUCACACAGCAGUUGCAAACUUUUUGAAAAGAUCUGAAAAGUAACUUUAGGAUGAUGGGGAGAAAUUAAGGAGAGGAAAGCAUUUGGGAGGCAGAACCCCACCACCCAUACACACUUGUAGUAGGUGGAAAGAGAAGGCUGAAAGGCAUUGAUUCCGAAGACUGCCACCCCCGAGUCAAAUGCACAUGUGGAGAGACUGGUGUGCCUUCUGGGUGAGGUGGUGGCAUAUCAGUUGACAGAACAACUCAGCGAAACAGCUGAGCUGUUCCAGCUCAGAUAAGGCAUGGAUGCCUUGUGUUCAUCUUUCUUUUCUCUCUCUCUCUUUUUUAACAUUGACCAAGACUUGCAUGGACCUAACUUUAAAUGAUCAUUCAGUAUUAAAAGUUAAACUGCAGUAGAUACUGUAGAUGGCUUUCUCUUAGUACUCCUUUUUUUAAAAAAAAAAUAGGGUGUUUUGGGGAAGCUAACAACAGAAACUGAGCUAUACUGCCUGUCUGAGUUGUGUAUGUACAUAUAUAUUUUUUAUUUUAUGACAACUGAUUAAUGUCAAGUAAAACUACUUCAUGACUUUGUAAGUUAUUUUUUAUGUUCAUUUGGGUUCCACCCAGUAUUGUUUGUAAAUCAGAGAUUUUUUAGCAACUUUUGAGUUUUUUUUUCCAUUUGUAAUAAAGUAUAUAAUUUUUUUAAUGUUUA